CACACACACACACACACUUACUUGUAUCCCUUCCCUUCCCUCCAAACACUUCACAAAGUCCUCUCUCUCUCUCUCUCUCUCUCUCCCCCCAACUUUGGUUCAGUAUUGACAGACGUGUUGGCUGAAGGUUGUUGAAGACAUAGAGUAGUUAUAUGGAGGGGCGAAACGUUGUAGUUAGUAGUGGGAAUGGAGUAGUGAUGAAACUCCCCGUCGGCUUUCGAUUCCGUCCCACCGAUGAAGAACUGGUUGUUCACUAUUUGAAGCGGAAGGUCUACUCUGCCCCAUUGCCGGCCACUGUCAUUCCCGAAUUUGAUCAUGCUUAUCAAAUCAAUCCCUGGGACUUGCCAGGUGAUUCAAAGGAGAAGAGGUAUUUCUUCAGUAAAAGGAGGAGUGAUGAAGAUGUGAUGAAGUACAAAUGCAGCAGAAUGAGUAGUAGUAGUUGUGGUUAUUGGAAGGCUAUUGGGAAAGAAAAGCAUAUUUUAUCUUCCCGAAUUGGAAUUGGAAAUGGAAUCAACAAAGAGCAAUCAGUGGCGCAAUUAGUAGUUGUUGGUUUGAGGAAAACGCUGCAUUUCUACCAUACAGUAGCAGUUGGGAAUCAACCAAUUCCAACCACUUGGGUCAUGCAUCAGUUUCGCCUUGUGCCCUCUCCCUCUCAGACCACCCCUAAUCAAUCAUCAAAGAGUGGAGUUAGAAUGAAAAAGGAAGAUUGGGUUGUGUGUUGCAUAUAUCAGAAGAAAAGGAAAUCCAACAAAAAUCGUGGCCUCAAAACUCUCCUCUCUAACACCAACAAAGUUAAGGUUAAAAAGAUGAGAGGUUUCAGCAAGGAAGACAGCAGUGGUAGUAUUGAUGAUCAUGAUGAUGAGUGCUUGGGCCCUCCUCCUCAACCCUCGUUAUCCACAUGUUCAAGUGGGAUCUCUUGCAACGGAUCUUAUCAUAAGGACCAGGAGGAGGAAGCAACCACUUCUUACCUUUGUUUUCACCAUUGAAACCUAGCUAGCUACCCCUCUUUCACUACUCUACUUCUCUAAGAUGAGAUUACUUUUAGUUGACCAAUGAAUCAGUUUAGUGGUAUUUCUCCUUACCUUUCAAAUAGGAAGGUGAGUUUGGAGUCCAUGAUGGGUGCGUUAGUGUUUUUUUGCCAAUGAAAAAAUAAAUAAAAAUUGUUGUUAAUGUA